GUCGGCCCUUCCCGCUAAACCGAGUCCGAAUCACCGAAACGCCCACCCGAUUCGCUCCCCCUCUCUCCCUCCAUCGCAAAUCCGCCGGCCGCCGCAUUCCGAUGCCCGUCCGGCGGCCGCUCCUCCGCAGACCGCCGGCCACCCACCCCCUUCCCGAACGGAACCGCCUCCGUCGGCCGAACCCAUGUCGCGUCCGCGGCAUCUCCACUCUCCAACCCUCCGCCGAGCUCGCCCCCGCCGCCUCGGAGCAGUCGGCUCCCUCGACCUCCGUGUCGGACUUCCUGGCGGAGAAGGUCCUCUUCGACCUGAAGCGAGGUAACGUCAGGGACCCUCGAAGCUGCCUCUCUCGCUUGAGCCCUUCGACCGUGGUCGAGGUGCUCCGGCGGUGCCGCGACGAUCUUCGCCCGGCCCUGAAGUUGGUCGACUUAGUUUUGUCGGGCUGCCCCGGUUUUAAGCACUCGCCCGAGUCCCUGAGCGCGAUGGUCCACGUGCUGGUUCGCGGCAGGAGGGCGUCGGAUGCGCAGGGUUUGCUUCUCAGGAUGGUUAGGAAGAGUGGGGUCUCGCGUGCGGAGGUCGUCGAUUCUUUGAUCGAGGCGUCUCGUGACGGCGGGUCGAGCUGCGCGGUGUUUAGUUUGUUGAUCAGGACUUAUGUGCAAGCUAGGAAGCUGAGAGAAGGGGCUGAGGCUUUUCGGCUGUUGAGUAGUAAAGGGAUUCGGGUUCUUAUCGGUGCUUGUAAUGGUCUCCUCGGCGGGCUUGUGAAGGCGGGGUGGGUUGAUUUGGCGUGGGAAGUUUAUGGCGAAGUCGUUAGAAGUGGUGUUCAGGUGGAUGUCUACACUCUUAACAUAAUGGUGAAUGCAUUGUGUAAAGAUCGUAAGAUGGACGAGGUUAAAUCAUUUUUAUUGGACUUGGAGGAGAAGGGGGUUUUUCCGGAUAUCGUUACUUAUAAUACUCUGAUUAAUGCUCAUUGUAGGGAGGGACAAGUGAAUGAAGCUUUUGGGUUGGUGAAUUCGAUGUUGGAGAAGGGCAUGAAACCAAGCCUCUACACCUAUAAUGGCCUUAUCAACGGAUUAUGUAGAAAUGGAGAAUACACCAGAGCUAGGGAAAUGCUGAAUGAGAUGUCGGAAAAAGGUGUGAGCCCUGACAAUGCCAGUUUUAAUACCUUGCUCGUUGAGAUUGGUAGAAAAGGUAAUGCUGUGGAGGCUGAAAAGAUUUUUGAAGAAAUGUCACUGCGAGGUGUGGUUCCUGAUUUAGUUAGCUAUAGUUCGAUCAUUGGGGUGCUUUUGAGAAGUCACAAUCUUGACCAGGCUUUAAUGUACUUUAGGCGCAUGAAAAGUGCUGGGUUGGUGCCGGACAGUGUAAUUUAUACCAUCCUCAUUGAUUGGUACUGUAAGAAUGGCUUAGUCUCAGAGGCUUUGAGGUUGCGGGAUGAAAUGAUGGAGCAAGGCUGCUUUGUGGAUGUAGUUACAUAUAAUACUAUAUUGAACGGGUUGUGCAAGGACAAGAUGCUUGUGGAGGCAGAUCGGCUCUUACAUGAGAUGGGUGAAAGGGGUGUGUUUCCUGAUUUUUGUACAUUCACUACACUAAUUAAUGGGCACUGUAAGGAUGGGAAUAUGAACAAAGCAAUGAGCUUGUUUCAGACAAUGUCUCAGAAAAACCUAAAACCUGACAUUGUGACAUACAAUACACUAAUUGAUGGGUUCUGCAGAGUGGGUGAAAUGGAGAAAGCUUAUCAAAUAUGGGAUGAUAUGAUCAACAGUGGCAUAAGACCAAACCAUAUUUCAUACAGCAUUCUAAUAAAUGGUUUCUGUAGCACAGGAGCUGUUGCUGAGGCUUUGAGGUUGUGGGAUGAGAUGGUUAAGGGGGGUAUUCGUCCUAGUCUCAUCAGUUGCAACACUAUAUUAAAAGGUUUUUGCCGGUCUGGAGAUGUAUCCAAGGCAGAUGAAUUCUUCAGCAAAAUGGUUGCUAAAGGAAUUCUUCCAGAUAGCAUCACUUACAACACUCUGAUCAAUGGAUUUGUGAGAAUAGAGGACAUGGAUAAGGCUGCUGAACUGGUUUAUAAAAUGGAGAACGUGGGACUGUUGGCUGAUGAAUUUACGUACAAUGUCAUAUUGAGUGGUUUCUGUAGGCAAGGUAAGAUGCAAGAGGCUGAGCUGGUACUGAGAAGGAUGAUCAGUAGAGGUGUGAAUCCUGAUAGAGCUACAUAUUCAGCAUUGAUAAAUGGCUAUGUUAGCAAGGAUGACUUGAAGGAAGCGUUUCGGUUCCAUGAUGAAAUGCUGCAGAAGGGAUUUGUGCCGGAUGAUAAAUUCUAGAUCUCAUUCAAAGUGAUUGCUGCAUGUCAUCAUAUGCGGAUGGGGACCAUCAAGAACAACCUUGUUGAUUAUUAUGCUCGACUUUUUGGACCUAUUUCAUCUUUUGCUCAAGUCAUGAGAAUCUUCUUAAGAAUGGCCUCAGUUACAUAACUGAUGUAAGGAUAUCUGGUGAAAGAGUUCCUCUCGUAUCAACAAAGACUGACAGGAGGAGCUCAAAUCACAAUAGCAUUUGGAUGCAAAGGUCAGCGAUUCUUCGAAUCACUUUCAAUGGUCCCAGCAAUGUAUCACCAUGAUAUGUUCAUUGGCAUCAUAUCAACUGAUUUCCAUAACUUAAUGGGAAGAUGCUGACAUAUUCUUCCCUAAUGACUUUUGGAAUGGAGUGACCAUUUUGUUCUGGGUGGCUGAAACUUAAUGAAGGCACAUCAUCUAGACUAAGGAGAAAAGAGGUUAACAAUCUUGCUCAAUGCUUCUUCAUUUCUUGGUGGAAUUCACAUUACCUUCAAGGACAUGAACCAAGGAUGGAUAUAACCUCUCUUAGAUGACUUUAAGGACAAAAUUCUCUGUCUUCCUACUCACAUCAAGUGUGAAAACUUGUGUGCUCGAGUUUCUGAGGGCAUCGCCUCCUCUAUUUGCUGGAGGAAGAGAUUGAUUUGGGUUUUCUCAAGGGAAUUCAGCAGUCUUUCUUCUUCAAAGCAGAUGGGUCUCUAGAUUGAGAGUUGCAGAGGAUUCUAAACAUCACAAUUGUCUUGUCUCAUUUGCAGAACAAUUCUGUGCAAUCCGGCAAAAAAAUUGCGGAGAUUUUGAGACUUAUUAUUUGUUUUCAUUGGCAAUAGGAUGUCCUAGAUGAUGCAUGGUCGAUAUUGUGCUAUUUUAUAUCGAUGCAUGAAGAUGCAACUGCCUGCAGUACAUAAAUCUAUGUUUUUUUUCUUUUUCUUUUUCAUUUCUUCUAGCUACUGUUAAUCUUCAGCAAUCUGGGUCGAUUUCAUAUCAAAUUGCUAUUAUUUUGUUUUGAA